AUGUUUAAAUACUUUAUACUGUACGAAACAAUUAAUUUGACUUUUGUAGAAUCCAUUGAAGAUACAACGGCACAAAUACCCAAUGGAUCUAUAAUUAAUCAACUAUCUGCUAUUAAAAAUUUGAUGGUCAAUAACACCGAUUUAAGUCUACAGAGUGAUAAAUUAGAUGGAAAAAUGGAUUUUGUAUAUAGUAACUGUGGUAAUAUUGUACAACAAAAUUGCUAUCAAAAUGUAAAUGUAUAUAAUGGGUACAAAAUUCUUUUUGGUCCAAAGACAUCAAUCAUACUAGCAAAGAAAUCUACAAUGCACCUAUUAAAUCUACACAAUCUCAAAUUUAGUAUUAUAUACCCACUUAAGCAGUUUAAUCUGCUAAUCACUGAUCACAUGAUAUCUAAUGUUAGUGUGGUAUAUUAA